ACAACAACUGUUGCUCCGACAACAACAACAGCAGCAACUAAAACAACCUUUGCUCCUACAACAACAACUCCUGCCCCGACAACAACAACUACGGCAGCAACUACAACAACUGCUGCUCCAACAACAACUACAGCAGCCACUUCAACAACUGUUGUUCCGACAACAACAACUGCUGCCCCGACAACAACAACUACGGCAGCAACUACAACAACUGCUGCCCCAACAACAACAACUCCUGCCCCGACAACAACAACUACUGCAGCAACUACAACAACUGCUGCUCCAACAACAACAACUCCUGCCCCGACAACAACAACUACUGCAGCAACAACAACAACUGCUGCCCCGACAACAACAACUGCUGCUCCAACAACAACUACGGCAGCAACUACAACAACUGUUGCUCCGACAACAACAACUGCUGCCCCGACAACAACAACAACUGCUGCUCCAACAACGACUACGCUAGGAACUACAACAACUGUUACGGCAGCAACUACAACAACUGCUGCUCCAACAACAACUACAGCAGCCACUUCAACAACUGUUGCUCCAACAACACCAACUGUUGCUCCGACAACAACAACUGCUGCCCCAACAACAACAACAAUGGCAGCAACUACAACAACUGUUGCUCCGACAACAACAACAGCAGCAACUACAACAACCUUUGCUCCUACAACAACAACUCCUGCCCCGACAACAACAACUACGGCAGCAACUACAACAACUGCUGCUCCAACAACAACUACAGCAGCCACUUCAACAACUGUUGUUCCGACAACAACAACUGCUGCCCCGACAACAACAACUACGGCAGCAACUACAACAACUGCUGCUCCAACAACAACAACUCCUGCCCCGACAACAACAACUACUGCAGCAACUACAACAACUGCUGCUCCAACAACAACAACUCCUGCCCCGACAACAACAACUACUGCAGCAACUACAACAACUGCUGCUCCAACAACAACAACUGCUGCCCCGACAACAACAACUGCUGCUCCAACAACAACUACGGCAGCAACUACAACAACUGUUGCUCCGACAACAACAACUGCUGCCCCGACAACAACAACAACUGCUGCUCCAACAACGACUACGCUAGGAACUACAACAACUGUUGCUCCAACAACAACAACUGUUGCUCCGACAACAACAACUCCUGCCCAGACAACAACGACUACGGCAGCAACUACAACAACUGCUGCUCCAACAACAACUACAGCAGCCACUUCAACGAUGACUCCUGCCCCGACAACAACAACUACUGCAGCAACUACAACAACUGCUGCUCUAACAACAACUACAGCAGCCACUACAACAACUGUUGCUCCGACAACAACAACUGCUGCCCCGACAACAACAACUGCUGCUCCAACAACAACUACGGCAGCAACUACAACAACUGUUGCUCCGACAACAACAACUGCUGCCCCAACAACAACAACAAUGGCAGCAACUACAACAACUGUUGCUCCGACAACAACAUCUCCUGCCCCGACAACAACAACUACUGCAGCAACUACAACAACUGCUAAUCCAACAACAACUACAGCAGCCGCUACAACAACUGUUGCUCCGACAACAACAACUGCUGCCCCGACAACAACAACAACUGCUGCUCCAACAACGACUACGCUAGCAACAACAACAACUGUUGCUCCAACAACAAGAACUGUUGCUCCGACAACAACAACUGCUGCCCCAACAACAACAAUGGCAGCAACUACAACAACUGUUGCUCCGACAACAACAACUCCUACCCCGACAACAACAACUACGGUAGCAACUACAACAACUGUGGCUCCGACAACAACAACUCCUGCCCCAACAACAACGACUACGGCAGCAACUAUAACAACUGCUGCUCCAACAACAACUACAGCAGCCACUUCAACAACUGUUGCUCCAACAACACCAACUGUUGCUCCGACAACAACAACUGCUGCCCCAACAACAACAACAAUGGCAGCAACUACAACAACUGUUGCUCCGACAACAACAACAGCAGCAACUACAACAACCUUUGCUCCUACAACAACAACUCCUGCCCCGACAACAACAACU